UUUACCCUGAUUCAUUCGAGCUCCAGACUUAACAUUACUUUCGAUGUCGAUACCUCAGACAGAUUCAAAUACUAGACGACAGUGUGUAUUAAGUAACUGUACAUAAAUGAGAAGUUUCAAUUACUCGAUCGGGUAUGCACAUCGAACUCUAGAGAGAAAGUUGCAUUUGGCUCUGAAGUAUAGAAGAGAGCGGAAGCAUAGAAAAGAAUAAAACCAUUAAGCUGACUGUGAAAUAUAAGUCAAGAUUUUAUCAAUCGAUUAUAUAGAAUUGUAUGUAAAUAUAAAGUAUUAUGAAAUGGAAAGCCAAAGCAAUUUCUUAGUCACGAAUUUCUAUUUUUUGGGCACUGUGGGGAUUAUUGUAACGGGAAUCGUAUUAGCGGUUCCCAUGUUACGUGAGAAGUUUCGCACUCAAUAUGUGAAAAUUCGUACGAAAUCAAUGAACUAUACGCCCAUAACAUAUAUGGAGGAUGAUAGGCUAACUGAAAUAUCGAAAAAGCGUUUGCGCAUGGUGCGCCGCAAGACGUUAAUUUUAGACAUGGACGAAACACUGAUCUCAUCUGUAAUACUCUACCGGGUGAAAGAAACGUCGGACACAGGUUCCGAACACAAUCGCCGAUACAAGGCAAAGUCCGUGCUCGUACAGUCGGUGCCAUAUGAUUACACCUUCGAUAUACCCAUUUCCGAUGCCAACGUCUACGUCUAUAAGCGGCCGUAUGUUGAUCUGUUUUUGGAUCGGGUUUCGAAGUGGUACAAUCUGGUGGUCUUCACCGCUGCCUCGGAGAUUUACGCAUCGCGUGUGUUGGACUUCUUGGAUGCUGGUCGAAACAUAUUGGAUCACCGCAUGUUUCGACAGGAUUGCAUCGAGAUUUGCGGCAUUCGCGCGAAGUUCGUGUCGCUGGCUCGCAAGGAUCUGGCCAGUGUACUGCUCCUGGAUGAUUGUCCCAUGGAGAACAGCUUCAAUGUUGGCAAUACAGUGAACAUUAAGAGCUUUCGUAUUGGUUCACAGGACAAUGAACUGCUCUGCAUGCUGCCCUUUCUGGACGCACUACGAUUCACUAAAGAUGUUCGCUCGAUUUUGGGUCGCACCACUCGCUACGAAUGCCUGACCAAUUGCUUGGAAUCACAAUUAUUUUCAGACGAUGACGAUUGAGAUAUAGAUUAUGUUCUCACUAUAUCCAACUUUAAACGUUUAUCAUUUCGAUUGCAUAUGCAGCGUGGAAUAGUAUGGAAUACUAUGGUUCUGUAAUCCUCUACAUAUAUAGAUUAUAUGUCUUUGCACACUC